GGAAAGUGCCGGCUGAGCCUCACACUUUCUCCCCGUUUUGUAACUUUCAGGUCUGGGGUGUAGGAAUAAAGCCGGUGCCUGGACCAAGAAGGAGUGCGUGCUAGCAGGGGCUGAUCUGCUUGCUGGAGGACUUCCCGCCAGCGCCAGGCUGCCUGGCCAAGUGGGGAGCGGACAGGCGGGCGGGCAGGUGGCCCCGGGCCGCCGCGCCCGCGCCUUGGCUCUGCCCCCUGGAGCCAAGCGAGCCUCUGCUCCCUCGUGGUGCGAGGGCGGUGAUGUUUUUCCUCCCACCCACUUUUGAGUCCCCCCUCCCCCCUCGCGCGCACUCAAGCUCUCGCCACAACCUGCGAGCCCCAGACCUCGGAGGAGCGCCCCAGGGAACUCAGAGCGUGUGCAAGCGUGGCAGAAGGAGGAGGCCAGUGCCCAGGUUUCGUCCAUCAGUUCUCCGAGUCUCUGAAUUGCAUUUUGCAGUAGCUCAAAUGAGAAGAAAGUGGAAAAUGGGAGGCAUGAAAUACAUAGUCUCCUUGUUUUUGUUCUUUAUUUUCCUAGAAGGAAGCAAAACAGAGCAAGUGAAACAUUCGGAGACAUAUUGUGUGUUUCAAGACAAGAAGUAUAGAGUGGGUGAGAAAUGGCAUCCCUACCUGGAACCUUAUGGGCUGGUUUACUGUGUGAACUGCGUCUGCACAGAGAAUGGGAAUGUGCUUUGCAGCCGAGUCAGAUGUCCAAAUCUUCAUUGCCUCUCACCCGUGCAUAUUCCUCAUCUGUGUUGCCCCCGUUGCCCAGAAGAUUCCUUACCACCAGUGAACAAUAAGGUGACCAGCAAAUCAUGUGAGUACAAUGGAACCACUUACCAACAUGGAGAACUGUUCAUGGCUGAAGGGCUCUUUCAGAACCGGCAACCCAAUCAGUGCACCCAGUGCAGCUGCUCGGAAGGGAAUGUGUACUGUGGUCUCAAGACUUGCCCUAAACUGACCUGCGCAUUCCCAGUCUCUGUUCCAGAUUCUUGCUGCCGGGUAUGCAGAGGGGAUGGAGAAUUGUCGUGGGAACAUUCUGAUGGUGAUAUCUUCCGGCAACCUGCCAACAGAGAAGCAAGACAUUCUUACCUCCGUUCUCCCUAUGACCCUCCACCAAGCAGACAAGCUGGAGGUCCUCCUCGAUUUCCUGGGGGGAGAAGUCACCGGGGAGCUCUUAUGGAUUCCCAGCAAGCAUCAGGAACCAUCGUGCAGAUUGUCAUCAAUAACAAGCACAAACAUGGACAAGUUUGUGUUUCCAACGGAAAGACCUAUUCUCACGGAGAGUCCUGGCACCCAAAUCUACGGGCGUUUGGCAUUGUGGAAUGUGUGCUAUGCACUUGCAAUGUCACCAAACAAGAAUGUAAGAAAAUCCACUGCCCCAGUCGAUACCCCUGCAAGUACCCUCAAAAAAUAGAUGGAAAGUGCUGCAAGGUGUGUCCAGGUAAAAAGGCAAAAGAAGAACCUCCAAGCCAAAACUUUGACAGCAAAGGUUACUUUUGUGGAGAAGAAACCAUGCCUGUUUAUGAGUCGGUGUUCGUGGAGGAUGGAGAGACUACCAGAAAAAUAGCCCUGGAGACUGAGAGACCACCUCAAGUAGAGGUCCACGUUUGGACCAUUCGAAAGGGCAUUCUCCAGCACUUCCACAUUGAGAAGAUCUCCAAGAGGAUGUUUGGGGAGCUCCAUCAUUUCAAGCUGGUGACUCGGACCACCUUGAACCAGUGGAAGAUCUUCACUGAAGGAGAAGCUCGGCUCAGCCAGAUGUGUUCAAGUCGGGUGUGCAGAACAGAACUGGAAGAUUUGGUCCAGGUUUUGUACCUGGAGAGACCUGAAAAGGGCCACUGUUAGACAAAACAGCCAGGAUUGGAUAGUAUCAAUCAAGGAAACCCAAGCUGCAGCUGGACUGCCGGCUUACUUUGCUUAAGUCAACAGCUCUCUAAAACCCCAAAGUCAAACGCAGUCAAAUUAUCCACGCCAGCCACAACAUACCUUUUUCCUCAAUGUGCAGCAGUGUGCAGCCCACAAACAUCUCCUCAAAGAGAAUAGAGGAGUCUUUAAUAAUUUCUGGAGAGAGAAGGGAUAGAACAUCCUGGUGCAGCCUUCGUUUCUCUGAGAAUCACUUUUAUUUGAAGGUUAAAAGAAAAACACUUUUAGGGAUUCUAUGCAUAAAGUUAGUCAUAUGAAAGAAAGAGAAGGAAACUGCUCAGUUUAAGUUGGGUCACAUAGGGCAAUCAUUUGUAUGAAAUGCCUUUUGAAUGCUCAAGUGUCUUCCAUUCUUAAAAAAAAACACUAUCAAGUGGGUGGAGAUACAGGGCAGUCAGUUGUAGAGCACAUACCUAGCAUGUAUGGAGCCUUGGGUUCUACUCUCAGUACUGAAAACAAAAUUCCAUCCUCAUAUCUCAUAUACACAUGUACGAACAGACACACACACACUGAACCUGAAACUGCCAUUAUUUCUGACUCCUAAAUACUGUUGAGGUUGUUGGCACCCAGGAAAACAAAUUGAAAAUGUAUGCAGAAGACUCUGCUCUCAAGCCCUUAAGACAGUUUUUGAAGUCAUCAACCAUGGUGGUAGGGUGAAGAAUGCCAGUUAAGGGUCUUGUUCACUUUGAAGUGCUAAAUUCACUUGGUCUAAGAAUAUCACUUCUCUUUCCUUACCUGAACCUCUAUGGAGCCUCCAUUAGGAAGGUAUAAUUUGGUGAAAUUAUUAAAAACUAAAUUCAUACAAAACAAUCCAGAACUGUAGAAGAUUCAUAACUGUAGAAGAAUAGAUGUGAUAAAAAUAAAAUAGUCCAUCUUUUUUUUUUUGUUUUCACAGCUAUAAAACUCACUAGUUUAUAAGCUAAUGCUCACUAAUUUUCUUGAGGCAAUAGUCACCUAGACAGACACUUUAGUUUGAAUUAUUCUAAAACCCUAUUUAAGGGCGAUCUUACUUCUCUGAUUACAGGAGUUUAAAUUUGACUUUAUAAAGAGACUUGGUCCUUGUGAGAUUUUGAACAUUGGUUCUUCUGUCAAGAGAGUUACUAUUCAUUCAGGAGCUGAGAAUUCUGACACAGACCUUUCUCCUAAACCUUCCUACUAGCCUUGCCUUGUCCACAAGCAUAGGUUGUAUCUGGGAUUUUAGACAAGGCUGCUCCUGAAGUGUUUAUUUGCAGCCCAAUGCCACAGCAUAAAUUAUCCUUCUGAGGCUUGGCUUUAGAAAUCAUCUUUGUGGAAAAACUAUAAAUACUUCCUAGCAAGGAGCAUAGGCCUGCUUUCUGGAUCUGUCCUCUCUGAGGAGCAUGCAUGAGCUCAAGUAAGUACUAAGAAAUAUGAGGACCUAGAAACCCCAUAUUUCCCACACGAGGCAAGAGAACACGACAGGAAAAAAUGUGCGAAAGGUCUGGUCUUUAUGGGAACCAGGCAGAGAAGGGUCAGUUUCCACAAAAGAGACACCAGGCUUUAGGGCCACGGCUUCAUGAGACAAAUUUCUUGCCAGCCAAUCACACACAUUCUAUUCAGAAGAGGGACAUAAGACAUCCUGCACUGCAAAGCCACAGAACAUUAUUGAACAUAAGAUGGGGGCAGUGUUGAUCUGCAGCUGCCUCCCUCUCAGGGGAAACUAGUUUCAGAGUGUGGAGAUCAGUAACCAGAUCCUGAAGGACAGCGGUGAUUUCCCCUGCUAGAUGAUUCACCCCAAAGCCUUCCCACCCAGGUGUUCUCUGAAAGCUUAGCCUCAAGGGAACACCUAAAGAGCUCCCCUAGAUAGUCUCUUGCCUCCAGGUGCAGGGACACACCUUUCCAAAGUGCUGUGGGAGCAGGAACUUGGGAGCUGUCAAUGUAGAAAUCCUCUAGUGUUUCGGUAUUGGGUAGAGUGUAGGGUAUAGGGGAAAGAGGUCAAACUGCCUGUAGUUAGUAGAGAAGAAUGGAUAUGGUUCUUAUCGUGUAUUUAUUUGUAUCAUAAACACUUGGGACAGCCAAGACUAUAAGCACCAUUUUGCAGUUUUAUCCAUUUUCUAAUUAGCUCAUGUAAACAAAUAUGAGUAACAUAACAGUAUUACCCUUUCACUUUCCUCACAGGACAUGUACCCAAAUAUGGUACUUAUUUAUGUAGUCACUGUGUUUCUGGAUUUUUAAAUUAAUAAAAUUUUAAUUUAAAAAGAU